AUGUCGAGACGGACACAUCCAAAAACCCGAACGGGGUGUCAGCAAUGCAAACGCCGAAGAGUAAAGGUUACUAAAUCCGGUAUCCACCACUUAUGUGAUGAAAGACGCCCUUCAUGCUUCAACUGUACACGUUAUAAUGCUCAGUGUAGCUUCUCAUACCCCGAUCUAUCAGCAUGCCCAACCUGUGGACAAAGCAGAAAACACUCAAAAUUGCUUACCAAUAGUCCAAGAAGCGAUGCAAAGGCCUCGCAAAACAAAAUCAGUCCCGAGAAUCAUGAGGUGACUCUAAAUCUCGACUAUGGCAAUCAGCAUGCUUCACGGAACCAAAUGGAUGCAGCUUACAAUACAACCGACAUCGCAAUCAGCACCAGCUCUUUACCAACAGUAGAUCAAUCCUUUGACGCCGCGCUGGCAGAUUUGCGACAUCACGACUUCGAGCUGAUGCACCAUUAUUUCACUGCUGCAUACUUAACCAUGGGACUUCAAGAUGAGUUGCGCAUUGUGUGGAAAAAUGCCAUACCCCAACAAGGUUACGAUCAUCCCUUCGUUAUGCACGGCAUUAUGGCCAUAUCUGCUUUGCACAAGGCCUACCUACUAUACGAUAAAGCUGAUACGUAUUUGACGCUCUCUGCGUAUCAUUAUACGCGUGGGCAAGCCGAGUUCAGGAGAAAUCUACUAGCGGUUACGGAGGGCAAUUGCAAGCCAGUCUUCUGUUUUUCACUGAUUCUCAUCGUGUAUAUGUGUGCCGCACCUGUCACACGGUCUCCGAGACAUAUUAUAGAGGAUCCCAUCCAGACAACCCUGGAACUGUUCCUUGUGUGCCGAGGUUUGCGGGCGGUCACUGAGCCGUAUUAUGACCGAGCCCUCAAGUCGGAUCUCUACCCACUUGUCAGGACAUCGUGGCUCACUGGGGAUGACGAUCCCCUUAAAAUUCCGUCUGUCUUCCUCUCGAUACCCAUGACACCUUCGCUUCAGAACUCACCGCUACCAACCGAUACGUUCGAAGCAGUUGACCGUCUUAGGGACUACCUACGUAAUCAGGUGGAUUUGAUUCAUCUCGAGGAAGCCGAAGAAGCCGUUGAUUACUUACGGGCGACAGUUGUGCAUGUUGCGAUGGCGGGUAUUAACGUGGAACUGGGGAAUGUGGUUAACUGGCCACUCAAUCUCUCAGAUACCUUUAUGUCUGAUAUAAAACAGUUUAGGCCGCACGCAUUGUUGAUCCUCGCUUACUUCGCACCUAUUUUAGGCAUGGCGGAUCGUAGCUUCUGGUUUCUCCAUGGCUGGACAUUUAAAUAA